UCGAGCCACUGGCAAGCACAAACCAAAAACCGGUAGCCAACAUGAAACAAUUUGUGGUGUUCCUUGCCCUCGCAGUGGCCGCUGUCUCGGCCAACACGAUCGCCCAGCCAGGAUUCCCGGAGGGACGCAUCAUCAACGGCCAAACGGCACAGGAAGGCGAGGCGCCCUACAUUGUCUCGCUGCAGACAACGGCAGGAUCUCAUUUCUGUGCCGCUUCAAUCCUUGGAGCGCGUCACCUUGUGACUGCCGCUCACUGCCUGACCAAUUCGAAGUAUCAGGCGGUGGCUGCAGCCCAUGGCCGUUCCAACAAGCAGGACACUCAGGUGCGUCAGAUCACCAGCAGCAACCACGUUGUCCAUGAGAACUACAGCGGCGGUGUGGGACCCUUUGACAUUGGUCUGAUCUUCCUGGAGGAGCCCUUCAAUCUGAAUGCCAUCUCCCGUGAUGGCAGCGCACCCGUGGCCAGCAUUGCACUGCCACCCAAGAAGCUCGAGGGCUCCACCGAUGGCACUCUCUACGGCUGGGGUCGCGACAACUCUGGCGCUCUGCCCGAGCUGCUCCAGAAGCUGGAUGUGGACAUCAUCGACUAUGUGCUGUGCAAGGCUGCCCUGCCCGCCAACUCCAAAGUGGCCGAGUCGAAUGUCUGCACCUGGACCUCUGGCACCACGGAUGGCGCCUGCAACGGUGACAGUGGCGGUCCACUGAUCAGCCGUACCUCCGAUGGCUCUGCCUUUUUGAUUGGCAUUGUCUCCUGGGGCUACACUCCCUGCGCUACGACCAAGUAUCCUUCGGUGUACACUUCAGUCUCGUCGUAUGAAGCUUGGAUCGCUGAGAAAACUGCUGCUUUUGAGACUUAAACAACGACUUUUGGCUAAAGAAUAAACGAACAUUUUGUGCAGCCCGAGAGGCUGGUGUAAA